AUGUUGGACGCGCGUAAAUGGUGUCGACCGUUUUUGGAGGGGAGGGAGCUGAGGAUUAAACUGCCCGCCUUGUUGCCGCAGAAUCUCGAGAGCGCCCUUCAAGAGAGUUUGCCGGUCGAUCAAGCUAGACGAGGAAGCGGCGGAGGAUUCGGGGGCGGCGGUGGAGGCGGCGGAUUCCGCGGUGGAAAGAAAGGCGGUGGUGGCGGGAUGAUGAUGCUGGCUCUGAUGAUGGGCAAGAUGAUGGCGGCGCUAGGAUUCGGCGCUCUCGGUCUGCUGGCCAUGAAGGCGUUGAUGGUGUCCGCGUUGGCCUUGAUGCUCUCGUUGAUCGUGGCCGUGAAGAAACUGGCGAGCGGGCACGAGAGCGGCGGCGGCCACCACGUGGUGUACGCGCAGGACGUCGGCCACCACCAUUACCGGAAGAAGCGGUCCUCCGUAGGCGAGGAGGACGCGGGCCUUCCUUACAGGGGAUACGCUCACCUGUUCGGCGACUCGAGGGUGUCCUGA